AAAAUGGUGAUAGGCGUGGCUGUCGGUGUUGGAGUCCCUGUUGUUGCAGUCAUUGUUCUCAUUGGCCUGGUAUUCUUGCGAAGGAGAGGAAUGAUCAGUCGACCAUCUAUAAAUGAGACGAAAGCGGAUGCAAAUGCAGUAUGCGGGGUCACAAAUGGAGACGUAUCAUUUUCUCCACCUGUAUUGUCUAAUUAUGAACAAUUAAAUCAGCAUCGUGAUAACGACUCUGUGCGAGCGGAAAACGUGUACAGUCGAAUUAACAAACAAAAUCCUAAAAUCAAAGCGCAAGAUUCAAAAGCGCCAUAUGGUAAAGAAAAGAAGCGGUUUCGCACUGCAAGCGAUAUCAUACGCCCAGCUAAGGAAACAAAAAUACUAGAAUAUGAAAACACUUGUUUGAAAGACCCUACAAAUUUGGUGCAGAGAAAGGACCAUGAUCAUAUUCACAAAGUACUGAUGAAUAAAAUAUGAUGUGCUUAAAAACAUACAGUUACCUGAUGAUAACUGCGAUU